AUGAGCCGACCCAAUCAUGGAUGGGAUAUGGACCAGCCAAUGCCCCCAGCUGCAUCCAUGAUGCGCCAGAGGGAGAGGGAUCCCGGCGCAUACGGGCCCGGUGCCCCCCGCCGCCAGCAGUACUCUCCUACGAUGGACUCGGACGCUUCUUCUUCGCCCAUCGGAAACCUGAGUCCUCCCCCACGUCGUCACAUCACCUCCCCUCCGUCGUCAGCACAGCCGCCGCCGCCCCCCAUGGGAGCCGCGAUGUCGUCCAAUUCGGCCGCCGCGCCUUCGUCGAGGUCGCGCUUCCCGUUUCGCUCCGAGGGAAAGAUGACCCCCGUCAUCUCGAGACCGACUCACCUGUCAAACUGGCCGCUCCCUUCUGGCUCUCCCGCUGUGCCUUCGCCGUCGGGUUCCACCGGGGCCCCGUCAGGUCGCCCCCUCCGUGCGCCUCCGCGUCCGCCCCGUCCGAGCAGAGUUCCCUCGAUGGUGAACCAGCACCGACCCGAAGAGCCCACGCCCGUGUUCCUGACACACCAGCAGCACGGCAGGGAUGGAGGUGCGGCUACGGAACCCGAGUUGGCUGCCGUGACCCCCAUGACGCCAUCUUCCAGGCUCACCACGUCGUCCAUGGGAACCAUUCCCGAGUUUCCUACCCCUGCGGCCGUUGCCGUUCCCGACAUGCCACCACCGCCCCGGAGGAGUCUCUACCUGGGUCCCCACGCGGCCCGCCGCGGUGUCUCGUCGUACUACUCGACCAUGUCCAACGUCUCGCCCAUCGCCGAGGAGAACAAUAGGUCGCACGGGUCCUACGCCUCGAGCGCGGCCAUGCCCGGCAACUGGUCGCCAUCGUCCCCGCUCUAUAGCAACCCCGACUCCUUCUUCGACGACACCAUGACCGACGUUAGCCGCGAUUCUAUGGGCGACGAGUACGAGGAUAACAGCAACCUCGUGCGGAGCGCAAGCAUCGGUAAGAAGGGGAGGCCGCAGCUUGUCGAGAACAAGGCAGGCAGCUCCGCAAGGCCCUCACCACAGCCCGUGCAGAGGCCAUUCCAGGCCGGCACAGGAUACGUCGACGAGACCAGCAGCUCAUCAGACACAGCGACGCCCGCGGUGACGCCCGCGGUGACGCCCGCAGCCGACGACAGAGCCAACCAGGCGAGCAGGCAGUUCUUCGUCCCCGUGGGCCUGAGGGGCCCGACCGGCAGUGCUGCCGACCUGGAGAAGCAGGACCUCGGCCCACAGCGCCCCUCGGCCCUCCCGCCGGCCCGCUCGAACAGCAGACGACUCUCGGGCCUCAAGCGCCCCCCCAGGCUUGACAUGGACGCCGUCCGUGCCGCCGAGGCCCGAGGCAGCCUCACCAGCCUCCCCGAUCUCAUCAAGAGAGCCACCCGUCUGGCGGCCAUGAUCGAGGGCGGGAGGCGCCCCGCUAGCCGGAUCGAUGGCCUCAACGACUUUCCGGAAAAGUCGGACGGCAAUGCCAAGGACGAUGUGGCGGCCAGACGACACCACUCCGGUCUUUCCGACAUGCUCAAUGCCUUCCCUUCGCCCGCUCAGGCCGGGCCGCAAGAAAGGAGGCGUCGUGGCUCGUGGUUCCCCACCACGUCAUGGCCCCUGGCCCCGAGCCGUCUGCGGGACAUUGGUGAGGUGGACUCGUCAGCAUCGCCUCGACCCGGCCAACAAGCACCUCGCGGAGACGGUGCUGGCAGCGGCGAGAAGAAGCAGAAGAAGAGGGGAUGCUGUUGUGGCCUCCCCAAGUGGGCGAUCGCCCUGCUGGUCCUCCUGGCUCUCUGCCUGCUCGCCGCCGCUAUCGUCCUGCCCCUGGAGGCCUUCGUCUUCAAGAAUCUGGGUGGCAACGACGAUGAGCCAGAGUCGACCACGGAAAGGUGCGCCGCGUCGCUCACGUGCAAGAACGGAGGCACCAGCUACGAUUCGCAGGGGACAUGCUCGUGCAUCUGCACGAACGGCUUCACCGGCCGCGACUGCAGCGUCUCCGGCUCCGAGGGCUGCACCACAACCGACCUGGUGGGCACGGGCCCGUCGUCGACCAUCAGCAACGUGACGCUAGGCACCGCCAUCCCGCGUCUGGUGGAGGAUGCGAGCGCCAACUUCUCGAUCCCUCUCAGCCCUUCGCAGAUCCUGGCCAAGAUCAACUAUGGCGAUCUGUCCUGCCGAGCGCAGAACUCCCUCGUCACCUUCCAGGGCCGCUCAACCCGGCAAGGGCAGUCUUCUGACUCGAGCGUCUCCAGCCUGAAGACGGACGAUGGCGGCAUGGCCAGCAGCAAGGCCAUGGUCCAGCAGCGCCGCGCAGACUCCGGAUCGGACUCGGACGUUGACGCCUCCGGCUUCUUCAGCGCGUCGGAGAACGUCCUCGACUUCGCGCGGGUGGCGGUACUCUACGUCCUCCAGGAAGAGGACGAGACAAGCGCUUCCCAGGCGCAGGCUGCGAUGGAGCAAUUCUUCACCAGGGCCAGCAGACGCCGCGCCAAGAACCGUCAGGCCAUGAAUCUGACUCUCAGCUCGGGCAACACGAUUGACCUUUUGAGCCUACAGAUUAAUGUCGGUGACGGUGAUGUGGGAGGUUCUUAA